AGACUUUUAUUCAUCCUUCUUUUAGUCUUCUAUUAAAUACUAUCACGAGCAGGCCCUCGCCAACUGCCUACUUUACUACUUAAGUCAAUUCACGAUCAUUACACAAGCCAAGACAGCUUUGGUAGUUUAAAUUUUCUCCGCAGCGCGGUUUGCAUAUCACUCUUUCACAUUCGUCUUAUAUUUAUACGACAUUCAGUCCUUAUACCCUAAUAUAUUCGUCAUGAGAUCUUCAAUAAUCGCAGCAUUAUGCGCAGCACCAUUAGCUUUGGCCGGCAAUCUUCAGCAUGACUUGGUUGGGCGCGGAGUAAUUACGCCAGAGUUCACCGAAAAAUCAUCGGAGCUUGUUGUCAAGGAGAAGGACAUUACAAUUGUGCAAGCUAAGAGCGAGGUCAUCAUUAUCAUCUGGACGAAUAAUGGUGGUGGAGCUGCUACUCAAACCUUAACGGAAACUAAAACCGUUACUCAAGGAGCGGGAGCGGCAACGCAUACUGUCACAGUUGGUGGUGCGGCUGGUACUGUCUAUACACCGGACACAGUUUCUGCUGCUGUAGGAGAUGUGGUUGUUUUCAAUUUCGAAGCUAAAAAUCACUCCCUCACACAAUCUGGUUUUGCGACACCGUGUGAAAAAUUGGCUGAAGGAAUGGAUACUGGGUUUGUGCCUAACGUAGACAAUGCCAUCAACCCUCCUCCAUCGAUGGCUAUGCAAGUCAUGACUGAUACUCCUCAAUGUUAGUAUACUGCAUAUACACACACCCGUUGGUAACCAAUUCUAAUACGAAAACAGGGUUUUACUGCCGUCAAGCUGGUCACUGCGGUUUGGGAAUGGUUUUCAGUAUUAAUCCUACUGCCAAUAAAAGCCAGGCCAUGUUCAAAGCUAUGGCUGUUGCACAAAAUGGUACAGGGACCCUGAGUGCAAUUCAAGGAGGAACUCCUUCCAGUGGUGCUAGCGCUGAAGCAGCCUCGAGUGCUGUAGCAUCACCAGCAUCACCAGCUGCUGCAGUGGCAACAGUAGCUUCUGGGACUGGAACAACAGGUGCCGAUGGAACAUGCUCUUGUAGUUGUCUAUGUGGACAGGCCGCUUUCCCGAAUGCCGCUGUGCAGGGCGUAGGAAUGUUUGGUGGAAUCUCUGGUCAGCAUUCUUCUCUGUUUGGAUCGUAGUUUUGACUAAUUCUAAUAGACAUGUAGGUUCCAUGCCAAUGUCUUUACUCGAGAAUUAAAUGAAUGCAUGAACGAUGGUAGAACACUGCUUGUUGGUAGACCCCCCAAGAAUGACGCUAGACUCCGGAAAUGGGACUUUAUGUGUUAUGACGGUGAUAGCAAUCGCCCAUAAAAGGCUUAACGCUUGGGAAGGAAGGAUUUUCAUGCAUAUGGCUGGAUCGUAUGUUGGACUAGAGUUGUGAAGGAUAAGAGA